GCAACAUCUUCUAACGUAAACGUCCAAAUGAAGACGUUUGAUUGGCCGUUAAUCUUACAGUGGGAAAGAAUUAGCCAAUCGGUGAAGCCGUUCUUGGUCGUUGUCAGCAACCAACGUACACAAUUUAACAACCAGGAACUGGCGUUUGACUGCCAGUGAGGUUAGUCCAGAACCGGACAGAAGCGCUUUUACUGGAUUAUACAUGUUUUACUAACCGUCUCUUUCUGUUUUUAUAAGGUUGUCGGUGAACGUGCCGCCGUCUCGGUAAAUAUUUUCUGUCGGCAUGAAUCUCGGAGACGGCCUGCUGUUUGAACUUGAAAAUGGAAAACCCAAAUUGAUUUUACUUAGUCAUGGCAUUGAGAAGAAUCCAGCAAAGCAGCUGUCCUUCAGGCCCAGAGCUGCAAACAUCCUGAGCUCCAGGCAGCCGUCCUGUGUGGAGGAGGUGCAGGGAGAGGAGCAUCCAGCCCGACAGCAGGCAGGGAGGCACAGAGAAAGCAAGAGCAAGGCAGGAGGAGCAGCCGUCUCCUUCACCUCCAACACCGCGUACACAGGGGGGAGGAGCACCCCUCUGACAUCAUCUAAGACACAUGAGCAUCACAAAGGGGGCAGCGGCUGUGCAGUUGUGGCCAAGGUGAAGUUAGACAGACACAAACACAGCACUACUGUUGGUUCCGUGAGAGCCAAUGGGAAAACAGGACAGCCUCAGAAUAGUGGGACACGAGUCGGUGGAAAGGUGGGACCAAAGGACACGCUGGCAAGUGGGGACGCAGGACUGAAGGAGGUGUGUCUGACCAAUGAGCAGCUACAGCAGAUCCUCAACACAGUGCAGACCUCCAGCAACGGCCGACACCCACCAGAGGACCACAGAACCCAGGGAAAUCAAUCAGACUUAAAAUCUGGCUCCUCACUGAAUGGAAGAGGAGGAGGAGGGAAGAGGAAGGAGGAAGACAGAGGAGGAGGGGAAGAAAUAAAGAAGGGAGGAGGAGGAGGAGGAGGAGGAGGAGGAGGAACUGAUAUAACUGAAAGCUCACAGGAUAAAGACAGCAGGUUGUCUGGAUGUCUGUUCAGCUGGCUGGAGGAGCGACAGUCAGACAGCAGAGCGGCCAUCGACGCCAAGAAGACUCAGUGGAGGAGAGAACUAGAUGAACAAGUGGCACUGAAGCAGCAGCAGCAGCAUUCAGCCCCUGGCAGACUCCAGGCUGAGGAGGACACAGAGAGUGUGUUAUCAGUUCAGAGCUCCGUCAGCCACAGAGAACAGCAUGCAGCCAUCAGAUCUAGCCUCAGAUUCGGGGAGGUCAGUCCAAUGGAGGAGGUGCUGAGUGUCGAGAGGAGAGAGGAGCAGAGGAGACGCUGGCUGGAGGAGCUGGACCGACAGAGAGAGGAGACGACUGAACGCAGGAGACAAGAGAAACUGCUGCAGAGCCAGACUGAGGACCACGAGCUCUGGGCCACACACUUUGACUCGCUGCAGAGAAGGCCUCCGGUCCAAACUUCGGCUCCACCUCCAGCCCCGUCUAACGGCUCUGAGCGAGGAGAGUGGGAGCCCUCGUCCACCCUGUCCCUGGUCUGGGAGGCCAGGAGCAGCAGUGGAGCAGAGAGUGUCGGGGGAGCCAGCGUGGAUACAACCAGCGGAUACCCGACCAGAGCCAGCUAUCUGAGGACCAUGACGUCCCUGCUUGACCCCGCUCAGAUAGAAGAGAGAGAGAGGAGGAGGCUCAAACAGCUGGAGCAGCAGCGAGCAAUCGAGGCCCAGGUGGAGGAGCGUCGGCGUCAGAGGGAGCGAGAGGAGGCAAGGAGGAGAGAGGAGGAGGAGGAGGAAGAGAGGAGGGUGGCACUGGAGAGAGAGAUGCUGGAGAGACGGUACGAGCUGGACACACAGAGGGUGCGGCAGAAGCCGAGCCAUCAGGCAGAGCAGCCAAAAGAAGUCCACGAUAACGAAAGACAUCAGGAGACACUGGAGCCCAGCGCAGUUACCAGACAUGGCGAGUGUUUGGAGGAGGAGGCGGUCAGCAGUUCAGCCCCCCCCUACAAAGACACUGCUGUACAGACAGAAGCAGCUCCCUCCCUCCCACUCAGAGCCGACAGAGUACAGACUCCUCACGUCUCUGCACAGUACCAGCCACCUCCUUCUCUGUCUGCUGCUCCUCCAAACAGCAAGAACCGAGUGGUGAGAACAGGCAAGGAGAACAUCUGUCUGCCAGGAGGAGGUGGAGGAGACCCAUAUGAGGCGUUUGCCAGGACAGAGAGGAGCAGGAGAGACAAGAGGAGGCCUGAGUGGAACACACAGAGGCCCAGCCGUCGGUUUGUUCCAGCCUCGGAGCGUUACCCGGCCCCUCUGCAGAGGAACAGACAGGAGAGUCGACUGAAGAGGCAGGCCGAGCUCCUCGCUCUGCAGGAGAAGACCUGUCUGUCCAGGACCGAACCUCCUCCUCUUCCUCAUCAGCACCAGGAGCCUCAUCUCCUCUCCAACCCCACACAGACCAGAACCAGUCCCACCAGGAAGGUGGAGAGUGUUUCCAAAGGACACAGCAUCUCUGCCGCCAUCAACACUGAAAGGGGGCGCUCUCCUCUCGUCAGACACAGAGUUCAGAGUCAACAGGUCCCGCCCUCCUCCUCCACCCCUCCUCCUCCUCCUCCUCCAGUCCUGGAGUUCAUUCCUUAUGUCCGGACUGAUGAAGUCUUCAACCUGGAUCCACUGGAGCCUGCUGACACCCCCCCACCUCACACACACACAGCUCCUCCUCAGAGCUCAGCGUCUCCUCCUGCUCCCUCACAUCGAGAUCCCCUCCUCCACCCUGAGCUGCUUCGUAACACACACACACACCGACAGCAGGAGAUCCUGCGAGGCCUGGCCCAGCUGCGGCAGGGUUUAUUACAGAAGCAGAGGGAGUUGGAGACGGAUCUGAAUCCUCUACUGAAGCGCCACGACAACGAACCCCGAUGACCUCUGACCCCUGCUCCGUGUGUUCCUGAUGCAGGACGGAGACGUUAACACUACAGUGUUUCAACCAGCCGCCGCGGAGAACACUGAACAGAAAACCCACAGUGUUCUCUCGGGAUCUCGUUCAGUCGGCCAACACUUGGAAACUGGAUGUUCAAUGUGCCACAACAUGGAUCGCUCUCAUCAAGGUUCACAUUUCACUUGAAUAUCAACAAACAGCUGCAGCAGAUUUUUGGUUUUCAAAGUAAAGCUGAUCGUAUCGGAGUGAAUUUGACAGAUAAUCUUGAUUUGGGGCUGUAUGUCCCACCUGUCCUGGUUGAAUGCACCGUCAGGAGGCAGAAGGGCUUGUUUUUUUGUUUUUUUUCCCUGCCAGCAGCUCAACACAAGACUAUUUCCCAAAUCUGUUAUUUUGACUGUUGAAAACACACGGCUCUGUGUGCAUCUUCUGGUGCAGUCAGACUCAACACAAUUGAGAACAUAAUUGGCAGAUUAAUCGAUAAUGAAAAUAAUUAAAGACAUUAGCUGCUGCAGCCAUGUGCUCUGAUGAACUGUGGUGGAGUCAUACAGCUUCAUGGUUCAGAGAGACCUUUUCACUCAAAACAUUUUAAACUAGUGCGCAAAUUCACGCUGCCUAAAGCAAAUCCGCAUCUAUCUGCAACUACUGACGUGUUUCCACUGACUGUAUGCAACUGACCGAUCCUAAGCAACACCUCUUUCCCCCUCAGUGCACCAAUCACAGCUAGGCAAUAAUUUGGACAUCUUUUCACUCUAACCCCCAAUGUCUGUCGGGUGUGGAUGCGUUGUGUUGUGGCUCCGUCAUGGCCGAAAUGCUCACUACUGUUUGAAUAUUCACAUUUAUAUAUAUAUAUAUAUUCGAUCUGUUCAAAUUCAAAAUUGAGUGUGUAAGCUCAACAGGAAGAGACUUAUAAAGAGACUGCAUAAAGUUCGCUGACACUCUGAUAUCUAUAAACUAGGCUAUUGUUGUUCUCUUCAUUAAAGGAGAACUCCACUGAUUUUAGUCUGUUUACAGGUCUUGGGGAGUGCUAAUGUGCAUGUGUGAAAAAGGUUGUAUACAGCUUUGGUGGCUGCAGAGAGAGCUGCGUGAAGUCUGAUAAAUUGCCUCAAGUGAUGUCACUUGAGUCAGUGUCGGUUGGGGGCUGAAGACUACAAGUUUGAAAAUGAAAAAAACCUGGAGGUGUGAGGUUAGAAAGAGGUGAGCUCACCAGACCUCUGUAGCCAGCUCCUCAUCUCUGCUUGAGGCUAGUGCCCAGAGGCUACAUUAGCCGCUACUAGCAUAACACACAUUAAUCUCCCACAGAACUGUCAGCGGUAUAAAUGCAUUGUGGGUAAUGUAGGCGCCAGGUUUUGACAAGGAAGAAUGAGUUUUUAGAGUGCAAUGCUAAAUCGGUGGACUCCUCUUUUAACGCAAAAUAGAGAAAAUACUGAGCUGUAUUGAACGGAUAAUCGUGACACCAAGCCAUCUGAGAAGUGUUUUAAGCAGUCUGGAUUCUACAUACUGAUGGAAAAAUAGUGGAUUAAAAGGUAAAACUGCCUUACAGUAACGUCAGCUUAUCACUCAGUGAGGCAGCGGAGUCGCUGCAAAAGAACAGAGCGUUAACUACAACGUAUUGCGGACAAAUUAAGUUGAAAUAAUUUCAUGUUGGUUUGAAUUUGUGUGAACUUUAAUUUUUUGAAAAGGUCUUACAGGAGACUGAUUGUCUCCAUCAGACUGUGACACAGCUGCAUCCAGUGGACAUCGGGGGUUAUAUUUACUAUAGCAGUCAAUUGUGAUAGUCAGCUAAACAGUGUAGACAUCAGCAGCACAUCACAGUCACUAACAUUUGCUUUGCCUUCAGUCUGAACACCCAAUUUUAAAAUCUAGAAACAUGUCUGAAUUUCUGACAACUGUGAGUUGCAGGUUCAACACGAGCACUUGACUGAGUUUUUAACUUUGACUGAUUCACUACAAACACCUCAGUGUUUUCUUUAAAUCAUUUCUACCUCACAUCAGCACCUUUAUACCACCGAUGCUCCUCUGAAACUAAAACGGCGCUCAUGUUUUCUCUUUCCUCCACCGGGUACCUAAUGAGACAAACAUGUUUUCUCCUACUCACCAACUGAAUUUAUAUGGGUGACCAAUUUUAUGUGAAGACUGUAUUUUAUAAUUCUGUUUUUAAUGCACUUUCCGUAGGAAUGGCACUGUACCGAAGAGGUGUUUUGGGUUUUUUUGUCUUCUUCGGGGUUGGAGGCACCACAGUCCUUGUCUUUGGAGCACAGCUGACUUAAAAUCAUGAACGAAAGAUGUUUUUGUGUUUCUUCAGCUUCCUGCUGGACGAGGAGCUUUGUGUUGUCAUUCUUUCUGGUUUAAUUGUAUUAGUGUAUUUUUUAUUUAUUGCAAAUGUAAUAAAUAAUGUAAAGUGUA